UGUGUUACAGUGACAUUCACCAGGGAAGGCUGUAGCUACGAAUUACGGAGUCAAAGUUAAUAACCCUCUUAUGACCCUGGAAUUGGGUACAAUGCAAGGAGCCUCCAGGUGCAUAUAAGACGUUACCCCUCAUGUACCCCCACCUACAGCCAGUCCUAUUAGAUCACAGAACUAACACAUUGUCGUUACCAGAGAUGCUGCUGGGUUUGAGAGCUGGCAGAUCUCACUGCCUCCAGGAGUUUCAUUUCUACAACUGUGAUGUCAUUUCUCGGAAUUAGCUUGAGUAAACCCGGAUGCAGCUAUAAAGGAUCCCCUGGACCAACGAGAAGGAGUUGAGGAAGUGAAUCAAUGCUACACUGACAUCAGCAGUGAACACUAAGCAGUCUGCAGAUAAUACAGAUCACAGUGGACAGACGAAAUAUGCAGAGGGCGACCCCAUCUAGGCAAGCUGAGACCCCAGUGUCUGGUGAGAGGAGCCGAGCAGAGAUCCUCAAGCUAAAGAAACAGGAGUCCGAUCCGGAAAGCAGCCCUGCUGCCCCAACUAAGAGGGUCCGGUGGCAGUCCUUCCCCGUGGAGAUAAAUGAACUGGCCUCUGUGGCAGAACCGGCAGGUUUCCAGGUGGCUGAGCUGCCUGCAGAUUCAGAUGUCCUUCCUCCAGCCUUGGCCUGCAGUGAGGGGGUGCUGACUGGAUCACCGGAGUUCUUGUUAGAGUGCGGCGAAGACGAGCCACCAAGAGGGAAACAGAGGAAAGCACUCGCAGGGUCCGUGCUGCCGGAUGACUCUCUCUGUGCAGCGCCUCACCCCUCACAGCCUUCAGUCUCCCCCGAGUGGGAGCAAUGGAGCCAAGACUCCCUCCCUCAGGACAGGGAGCUGAGGAGGAGGAUCAAGGCGAAGGCAAAGAGUCUGAAGCUGAAACGCAAUGACAAGAAUUGGUCGGCCGAGAUGGUAAACAACCUUGUAGAAAAGCUGAUGGAAUAUCUAAAAGAGAACAAGGAGGAGCCGUACUUCCGUGACGUCGCCAAGCUCACCACCGGCAGCUACUACGAGCUUGUAAAGACUAACAACCCGGACGAGUUUGAUGUGAUGCUGAUCCUGCCUACUCCCCGGAUUGCCUGGACGGAGGUGUGUGGAUUCUCAGGACUGUUCUACAGGGUGUCUGUGUGUAGGCCCCCGCGCUCCCCUUUAAAGGACUUCCUGCUGGAGGAUGGUCUCACCAUCUCUGCAGUCCGGAUCCUGAAGGACAUGAGGAACCUCAUUAAGAAGUUCAUGCGAACUUACAAAGUUUCUGUCCCUGGCUGGCACUGGUCCCUGGAGAGGCAGAAUCCGGGCUGCCCUGCCAUCACCCUGUCUCUGCUCAAUAACAAGGCUGAGGUGGAUAUCUCUCUCGAUCUGGUUCCUGCCCUGGAGAUCCCCUCCUGUCAGGGCUGGCCCGAGGCCACCAAGAAGGGGCUAAAAAUUGAGGACUGGCUUGGCAAGAAAAGUAGACGAGCCUAUACCAGCCAGAGCUUCUACUUCGUACCCAAAAAACCAAAGGGCAGGGGUCUCAGCGAGGAAGCCAAGGAAAGCUGGAGGAUCUCGUUCUCUCACAUUGAAAAGCAAAUGAUAAAGAACCAUGGCAAGAACAAGACAUGCUGUGAGACUCCUGCUACCACCUGUUAUAGGAAGAUGUGUCUGCGGCUGCUGAAGUGUCUAAUCCAGUCCCUGAAGGAGCGUCACCCCGUGGAGCUCUCGCAUCUCUGCUCCUACCACGGCAAGACGGCCUUCCUGCACUCGCUGUGCAGGCGCUGCCUCGACUCGCACUGGCAGGGGCGACUCGACCGCUGCUUCAUGCGGCUGCUCGACGACUUCAUCACCCACGUGGAGAAAGCGGACCUGCCGCACUUCUUCAUCAGCAAGUGCAACCUGUUCAGCCCGCGGUGCUUCCCCAAGCGAAGCCUGGAGCUGCUGCGGGAGGAGCUGCUGGAGCAGAGAAGGCUGGGCCUGACCGUGUUCCAGCUCCCCUGUGCCGAAGAGGAACCAGCCCUCAUCCCAGCAGCUCCAGCCCCUCAGCAGGCGCUGUCCAACACCGUCCUCUUCGGCAUACUGCUUCUCCUGGGGGUUUUCCUAGCUGCAGUAGCCAGCCUCCCCCUGCAGGGGCCAGUAUAGAGAGACAGUAUCUGACAUGCCCCCCCCCCCCCCCGCACCUCCCCAUGCAUUGUUUAUAAAAUGACUUCACUUCUAUCGCUGUGUAAUAUCUGUUUAUAUUUGUAUCGCAGCUCUUUUGCAUCUGUUAACUUGUUGCAUGGUUAAGUUUUUUUCUUUCUUUCUCUCCAAUAAAUAAAUAAACUGACCAGACUUGG